GACAAUGGGGAUAUUCAGGCUCUUGUAGAUGAGCUUAGGCAAGAGUUGAAUUAUCACAAGGACAUGAAUGCAAAUCUUCAGAUACAACUUCAGAAGACACAAGAAUCAAAUUCUGAGCUAAUUCUUGCUGUCCAAGAUCUAGAUGAAAUGUUGGAACAGAAAAACCAAGAAAUUGCUAACCUGUCCAACAAAUCAACGACGUGCGAUGAUGCUGAGAAGUUUCCAGAUGUUAUCUCCAACUCCAAGCAUGAAAUGAGUGAUGAAGAUGAUGAAGAGCAAAAAGCACUUGAGCAGCUUGUGAGACAGCAUAGCGAUGCCAAGGAAACAUACGUGCUAGAGCAAAAAAUCAUGGACCUGCAUGGUGAAAUUGAGAUCUACAGAAGAGACAGAGACGAUUUAGAGAUGCAGAUGGAGCAACUUGCCCUUGACUAUGAGAUACUGAAGCAAGAAAACCAUGACAUGUCAUACAAAUUGGAGCAAAGCCAGAUACAGGAACAAUUAAAGAUGCAGUAUGAAUGUUCCUCUUCGUAUGCCACUGCAAGUCAACUGGAAGCCCAGAUCGAGAGCUUGGAGAACGAGCUGAAGAAGCAAUCUGAAGAAUUCUCUGACUCUUUGGUCACAAUUAGUGAUCUUGAAGCUCAAGUCAGAAACUUGGAGGAAGAACUGGAAAAGCAAGCCCAGGGAUUUGAAGCUGAUUUGGGCGCGCUGACUCGUGAUAAAGUUGAACAAGAGCAGAGAGCGAUACGAGCUGAAGAAGCAUUGAGGAAGACUAGAUGGCAAAAUGCUAGCACAGCAGAGCGGCUUCAGGAGGAAUUUAAACGGCUCUCUGUCCAAAUGGCGUCCACUUUUGAGGCUAAUGAAAAAUUAGCUAGCAAAGCAUUGAACGAAGCUAACGAAUUCCGCCUACAGAAAAUGCACCUUGAAGAUAUGCUCCAGAAAUCGUCCGAGGAGCUCCAAUCUAUCAGAGACCAUUAUGAAGUAAAGAUUCUUGAGCUUUCCAGCCAGGUGAGUAAAAUGACAGGUCAAAUCGACAAGUUGCAGAGAGAAAUAGCCGAAAAAUCUGUGCAACUAGAGAGACAAGAAGAGCUCGUCAAGGAAACUCAGCAGCAUCAGUCACAGAAAGUUAUUAUCCUUGAAGCUGAGAUUGAAAAUCUAUUAGCAGACAAGAAAAUAUCUUCUGCUCAUGAUGAACAGAAGAAUAGCUUGAUGGCUGAAUUAGAUAAAAUGAGGACAUCAAUCAAGGAUAUGGAAUUGCUUGUCGAACAAGGUCGCAAUGAAAGAAGUGAACUGGAGACUAAGCUUGCAUCAGUAAGAAAAGAAGCUGAGGAGUCUUUGAAGGAAUUAAACAAUAUGAGGUCUCUUAAGGCUGAGAAGGAGGCAAUAGCUGGGAAACUGCAUUUGGAAAUGGAUAACCUUAAAUCGAGAUGCAAUGAAAUGAAAAGGAUGUUGUUUGAGGACGAGGUGGAGAAAGAAAAAUUGAAAAAGCAGGUGUCUCAAUUAAAAGGUGAUCUGAAGAAGAAAGAGGAUGCAUUGAAUAGCUUAGAUAAAAAGCUCAAGGAUGGCAAUAGUCGAAUAAUAGCUUCUAAUGGAAUGAAAGCAACAUCAAAGAACAACAAGUCCAUACCCACAUCUGCAGGCUCAAGAGAGGUUGCAAGUCUUAAAGAGAAGAUAAAGUUGCUUGAGCAGGGUCAGAUCAAGCUGAAGGAAAGUGCACUUGAGAGUUCAACAAAUUCAUUUUUGGAGAAGGAGAGAGAUCUUCAAGACAAAAUAGAGGAGUUAGAUAGAAGAUUAGAAGAUCUUAGUCAGAAUGCAGAAAGGCUGUCUGAACAAGAGUCCCGAAAGGUAGCUGCAGAUGCUCUAUGUCCAGGUUCUACGACAUGCACAAAAGAUGAAAGUUCCUUCACAGGGAAGAGCUGCAAUGGCUGUUCAUUUGACAAGGAAAAUGAAGCCUCAGCGUCUAAUACAAGACAUCUCGAGGAAUUGUCCAGCGAAAUUGAACUACUGAGGGAGAGGAACAAUGUAAUGGAAGAAGAACUGAAGGAAAUGCAAGAGAGAUAUUCAGAAAUAAGCCUCAAGUUUGCUGAGGUAGAAGGAGAAAGACAACAACUAGUAAUGAAAUUGCGAAAACGCUAAAAAGAAACCAUAAGACAGUUCCAACUUCCAAAGAAGUGAUUACUAAAAUUGUCAAAAUAAAUGUAAAUUGGUGAGGAAAAAUUCAUCAUUUUAAAGUUUUGUUUCUUGCAUAUAAUGUUUGACUUUUUAGUCCUAGAUAUUAUACAAGAAUGUAAAAUAGUUUAGCUAAAUAGGUUGUGAUUAGUUAUUGGUAAUAUCUUCUGUUUAUGAAAAUACUCUUUUCUUUUUAUCA